AGCUUAAACAACUCUGAUGCUCAAAACAUUUUACCAUCAAGAGUACUUAAAGAUGUUUUCCAUCUCAUGGAUAUGAUCCCGAUUCAAAAAACGCAUGGAUUUUCCAAAGAAUUCUCAAGAAAGUUUAGAGAUGUCUUGUUUGUAAAUGACCCGGAAGAUGAAAGACUUGUGACGGAAUACUUGAAAACUAGAAACAUAUCUCUAGAAAAAAUGAUGGUGAAAAAUUCCGACUGGGUGCUCAAGAGAGUUAGACGAUAUGUCCCCAGUCCAUCCGAGCUAUACCCUGUCGUGAAAAAGCUUUUUGAGGUGUAUGGAAAUGCCAUUUGUUCUGUCUCUGGAAACAAGCUUUUUGACAAAAAGGCUUGGAAGGUGUCAAACAUGGUACUUGAAGCCAUUCGACUUGGGCAUGUCUCGGAUCCUCCUGGUGUCUCUUGGUACUAUCGAAUGAGCAAAGAUCAAAAUGGUCUUCAGGUGUACAGAUGCGUGAGAGGCACAAAUUCUGUUGAAGGAGGUGUCCAUCAGAAUAUCAUCCGAAAAUUCUCGUCCUUCAAUGCCAGUCCCGCUCUUACCGACUGUGUCUUAGCAGAUUACCGUCUCCGUCACAACAUAACAGUUGGGUCAAAAAACAGAUACGGCGUUAUUCACAAGACCCAUUUCUCGCCUUGGAUCAACCAAGCGAUUAAUUUUCUCAGGGCUGAAAUGAAACAAAAUGUAUUGCCCUCCUAUAGUGAUUCAAGUGGAAAUACACUCUUUCUUGCCGCAUCUUCAGAAACGUUCGGUAUUUGUCGUAUGCCAGAACAGCUUAUUGACACAUAUCAUAUGCAACGUAAUACUACAAACUAUGAUAAUGGUAACUGCUAUCAGAAAUUCGAAAGUAUGACCGUCAAAAGCAAGCUAGUUCUAUGUGUCAGUCCAACUGUACAAGUUACAAACAGAAACAAGUCCGUUUUUGGUGGUUUGCAACAUCUGUAUCUCUCUUAUAUGCUAGGAACAAAGAUAGCCGUUACUCCAGUUCAUACUGAAGAAGAAAUGGAGUUGUAUCUGUUAUUACGAAGAAAUAAUCCUUCGCUUGCAAAUCAAGUGUUCUCUGAAAAAACAUGGCAAGAUUUCACCAUCUUAUGGUCUCAGCAGUGUAAUGAUGGCAAGAAAAAAAAUAUUUUUUACAAAACACCAGAAAAUCUACGUCAUUACUUUAAUCAAAGAGAGGAUCAAAGCAGAUAUCUCAACUCAGUAAUUUUAAACAAAGAAAGAGUUGACUCUGCUUCUACCUUGAUUAAAGAAUCAUACGAAAAAAGACCACUCGAAGAAGCUAAUCGUUUCCUCCUAUUACCAGGACAAACAAUCAUGCCAAAUAUUCAAAACUCAAAAGAAAUACAUCAACAAGAUAACGCUUCGUCGACAUCCAAACCUCUUCCUAAAAUUAUGCCAUCUCAAUACAUCUAUGCACAAAACUCCAAUAUGCCUCCCAAUUUUAACUAUUCUAUGCACCCAAAUAACAUGUUUCCAUCUCGCCUACCUCAAAAUCUUAUGCUUCAAAACCUUAUGUCUCAAAACCUUAUGUCUCAAAACCCUAUGCCUCAUAACCCUAUGUCUCAAAACCUUAUGUCUCAAAAUCCUAUGCCUCAUAACCCUAUGCCUCAUAACCCUAUGCCUCAUAACCCUAUGCCUCAUAACCCUAUGCCUCAAAACCCUAUGCCUCAAAACCCUAUGCCUCAAAACCUUAUGAAUCUACCUUUAAGCCCAUCACAUACAACGUCACGAAAACAUCGACUCCUUUAUUCCAAUACACCACCACCCACUGUAAUGUGUGAAUCAAACCCUAAGCGAAAAAAAACAAGAACAUGUGCACUUUGCCAUAGCAAUAUCUGCCCCGGAAGCUCUAAAAGAAAAUAUUGUACAUAUAAGCCUCAAUAAAGUAUCUAAUUCAUCUCUUAAAUUCAAUUAUUUGUCGACGAUCCGACUUUUAAAUUUUUCUAGGAGGGCCUACCGGCCCUCUCCUCAACAUUUUAAUUAAUUUUUUUCCAACUACAGACAU